AGAACAAAGAGGCACAGGAGAGGACCAGAAGUGAGGCUCACACACAGCCUGGUCACAACAAUUCAUGCUGAUGGGUUUCCCUGUGACCGAAACCUUCGAGUUCUGAUGGAAACUUAACGAAAGAGCAAUAACUAGUAAUUUGAAAAGGCUGAAGUGUAAAGCAGCUGCCAAGAGUGAUACAAUGCCACUCCAGAGUCUCUUGGAUGAAUCAGCAAAACCCACAUAUGCAUCUACAGGGGCCGUUGCGUGAGCAAGGAGAAGGCAUUCAGUGCCAUAGGUGCGGUGGGAGCAGCGGAUUCCCUGUCCAAUGAGGUGGAAUGCUCCGCAGGCACAUGGUUUACGCUGCUCAAAAUAACUUGGGACCUGCAAACUGACAAAUGCUGCUGCUCCGGUGGUGACAGGUUGUCCAGCUCCUUACAGCCAUCCUCACAAUAACGAAGGGUAACUUCCCUCACUCUAUGGACUCCUAGCUGUUUCUGUUCCUGAGGACUCGAAGAAUCCCCUCGCUUCCUUAACUUUAACCUCACACUUCUGGAUAACUCUCAGCGCUACUCACUGCCACGCUGGGCAGCAACAUCUGGAGGAAUUAACAAAGCAUGCAAGACGACAGUUUAGAAACCUCAACUUCAAUAUCUCAGCUUCUGAGAGAGAGUUAUUUAGCAGAAACUAAGCACCAAGGGAAGAGUGAAAGAAGCAGAUCAGAGCCAGUUUCUCAUCAUUUCCACUAUGGCAAUGCUUCUGGUGAUUCAGAUGAGGUAGCUGCACAAGAUGACCUCCCAGAUCUGUCUGCCUUUUUGAGCCAAGAAGAGCUUGAUGAAAGUGUAAACCUGGCAAGACAAGCUAUUGAUCAGAAUCCACUGGAAACUAAACAGGAUGAGCUUCAGGCACAUUCACAGCACUUCCCAGAUCAGCUGAACAGCACAGGAAAACACAGACAAAUGGCCCAGUCCACAGCUCUGAAAACACCAGACAAUGGCCUGCACUCCAACUUUUGUCAGGAACAUGCCAGAAAUACAAAGGGGUCCAAAGGGAGUUCUCAAGAUCUAAAGAAACACCACCUCCCUUCUGAAUCAGAAUCCAAAAAGGAAUUCCUAAACAAGGCAGCAGAUUUCAUUGAGGAGCUCUCAUCACUUUUCAAAGCUCACAACUCUGAAAGAAUACGACCUCGAACAUGCAAAAACUACAAGAGCAAAAUUGAUUCUAAGAACAAGUCUGCUCAAAAAGGUAGCUCCAACCUGUCUCUCACAUCAGAAAACAGAGAAAGGCUUUCCAUUCCAACACCUCAAGACUUGGAAAACAAAGCAGAGAAAACUUUUGAACAAACAGAUGAUCAACAGGCAGCAAACCUGGAAUCUAUCAGUCAAUUAACAAGUGCAGAGCUGAAAACAGAAUCAGAAUCUGCAUCUGUAUAUUCUGAUGAGCCCAUUGGACAGCCACCACGCUUUACUCAAAAACUGAAGAGCAGGGAAGUUCCUGAAGGAUCCAAAGUGCAAUUGGACUGCAUUGUGGUAGGAAUCCCAGCACCUGAAGUCAGGUGGUACUGUGAAGGGAAGGAGCUUGAAAACUCACCAGACAUCCAAAUUAUCCAGGCAGGCGACCGACACUCCCUGAUCAUUGUUGAGGCUUUUGAGGAGGACACAGGGCGUUAUUCGUGCUUUGCUUCCAACAUCUAUGGAACAGACUCCACUUCUGCAGAGAUUUACAUAGAAGGCAUCUCUUCUUCUGACUCUGAAGGUGAAAUCAUCAAGGACGAAAUGGAUCACAAACCAAAGGCAGCCAACACCUCUGUGAAUGCAGCAUCUCCUGCUGUCAGAACUGCAACCAAGCAUCAAGAAACCUCCAAGGCAGCACCAGCUGAGGCUCAGCCUGUGUCUGUUCUUGUCCAGACUGUGUCAACACCAGUUAACCAGGCUCAAAGCCCCACUAACUAUUUGCAAGGACUGGAUGGAAGACCUAUAAUUGCUGCUCCUGUAUUUACAAAGAUGUUACAGGAUAUUUCAGCUUCUGAGGGGCAGCUUGUUGUUUUUGAAUGUCGGGUGAAAGGAGCUCCUUCCCCAAAGGUUGAAUGGUAUAGAGAAGGAACACUGAUAGAAGACUCUCCAGAUUUUAGGAUAUUACAGAAAAAACCACGAUCUAUGGCUGAACCAGAGGAGAUUUGUACUCUCGUGAUUGCUGAAGUAUUUUCAGAAGAUUCUGGCAGUUUCACCUGUACUGCAAGCAAUAAAUAUGGCACAGUGUCCAGUAUAGCUCAUCUGACUGUCAAAGCUCCUGAGGACAGCAGCAAUGCUGCUGCCCUUCACACAGCAGGCUCCAUCGACUUUGUGGCUACUGAGCACCAACCUCCCCUCCAGGCUCCUUCCAGCCAGGGAGCAAACCAAACCCCCAAACCCAAACUCGAAGGUGUUCUUGUGAACCACAAUGAGCCCAGGUCCAGCUCCAAGGCAGGGCUCCGUGUGCACUUCAAGCUGCCUGAAGAUGAGAAAGGAAGCGAAUCAUCCUCAGAGGAUGGACAUGGCACCACAAAUCAAAGCAGACCCAACCAUUUCCCAGAGAAGAUAAAUGGACAGCCAGUGAAAAUACCAGAGCCAACAUCACCAUCCAAGGAACCUCCCCCAGUACUGGCUAAACCAAAGCUUGAUCAGAGCCAGUUAAAACAGCUCCACAACCAGGUCUUGCUUGAACAGCAGCAGGUGCACCAGGCAUCUCUGAGAGAGCUGUCAUUCAGCAGCACCUUGGUGAAUUCUGCCACUUCCCUCUACCAGCAGUCCACCUCAGCCCUGUACAAGCAGAGCUCAGGCUGUGCUCCUCAAGCCUUCGGCUACAGCCGCCCCAAGCAGCUCCUGGCCCCACAAACGCCGCCGCCAGCCAGCCCCUCUGCCAGCUCCUCAGCCACCUUGAGCAGCGUCCCCCCGGCCACUCAGAGAGCAAACCACGUGGAGAACUUCACAGCAAAUCCAUCAAGGUCCUCAGGAGGCUUUACAAGCAAAAGUGAACAGUCUCUCCCAAGCCCCAAAGAGCCCGUGGUGCCUCCACUGACGCUUCCUCCAUGCAGUGUGAAACAGUUCCAGCCCCAGACCGUGACUCCCGCUCCGCUCUCCCCAACCGCACGGAUCCAGAACCCGGUGGCUUUCCUUAGUGCUGUUCUUCCCUCACUUCCUGCUGCACCAUCCACCAAUGCCAUGGGACUGCCCAGAAGUACCCCAGCCACCCCAACCCAGGGAUUAAAGAAAAACUUGAAGCCUCUGCCAUUAGCAACAGAAGAUUCCAUUCGGGAAAACAAAAUUGCACCUGUAAAGGACCUGGAACGAAAACUGCAUUUCAGAGAGGAUGCUAAUCAACAAAGUGGUCAGCAGGAAUACCGCAUUUCCAGCUUUGAGCAGAGGCUGAUGAAUGAAAUUGAGUUCCGCCUCGAGCGGACCCCGGUGGAUGAAUCUGAUGAUGAAGUCCAACACGAGGAGAUCCCCACAGGCAAAUACAUUGCUCCCAUCUUUGAUAAGAGACUCAAGCAUUUUCGGGUAAUGGAAGGAUUCCCUAUUACAUUCACCUGCAAAAUAGUUGGAAUACCUGUUCCCAAGGUCUACUGGUUCAAGGAUGGCAAGCAGAUUUCAAAGAAAAACACACAUUUCAAAAUGAACAGAGAAGAAGAUGGAACAUGUUCUUUACAUAUUGAAGCUGCUACUAAUGAUGAUGAUGGCAACUAUACGAUUAUGGCUGCAAACCCACAAGGGAGGAUCAGUUGUUCAGGACACCUGAUGGUUCAGAGUGUCCCUUUUCGGGGACGAAUAUCCACAACUCAGCCUCACAGAACACGACCCCGGGUGCCAGAAGGGGACAAAGAGGCAGUCCAAGAACGCUUUUUCAGGCCAUACUUCCUGCAGGCUCCAGGUGACAUGGUGGCACAUGAAGGGCGACUCUGUAGGUUCGAUUGUAAGGUGAGUGGGUUACCAACUCCUGACCUGACGUGGCUCCUGAACGGCAAAGCCGUGCUCCCGGACGGCAGGCACAAGAUGCUGGUCAGAGAGACCGGAGUGCACUCUCUGCUCAUCGAUCCUCUCUCCCUGAGUGACGCUGGCACUUACACUUGCCUUGCCACCAACAAAACGGGACAAAAUUCAUUUAGUCUGGAGCUCACUGUUGUAGCCAAGGAAGUCAAAAGAGCGCCCAUGUUUCUGGAGAAGCUUCAGAACUGUGGUGUUCCAGAAGGCUACCCUGUCAGAUUAGAGUGCAGAGUUGUGGGAAUGCCACCUCCCAUAUUCUACUGGAAGAAGGACAACGAGACCAUCCCAUCAAACAGAGAGAGGAUGAGCAUGCAUCAAGAUACAACAGGGUAUGUCUGCCUGCUGAUCCAACCUGCCAAGAAAGCAGAUGCUGGCUGGUACACCUUGUCUGCAAAGAAUGAAGCUGGCAUCGUCUCCUGUACUGCUCGACUUGACAUAUAUGCUCAGUGGCACCGUCAAAUUCCACAAGCUCUGAAGCUGCGCCCCGGGGGCAGCCGCUACACGAACCUCAGCAGCCAAGGACUCGACAUCUUCUCUGCCUUCCCCGCUCCUGAGAGCCCUGUGCUCUUCUCAUCCCCAGCCCAAAAGUUGGUGGAGAGCGAAGAACUUUGAAAACCAAACACUUGUUCCAGUUGCACCUGCGGAGAUACUUAGAACUGUGAAAAACUAAAUAAUAAAAACAAAAGAGGUACAACUCACGAUGCUCAAGGUUUACAAGCAACUUGUUUGUAAUGAAGUGUUCUGCUGCUGCAAAUGCUGCAAGUGACCUAUCGUACGAGACUUUCGCAUAUAUGAUUUUAAUGCAGGAUAAUUGUGGUAUGGAGUGUUGUGCAAUAAAUUCAGUGCUGUGUAGUUUGCUAAGAAUUACACAGAGAACAUAGUUUUCAGCACCUAAAAGCCAAUACCACUUUUACUUCUUGAAUUAGAGCUACUGCACUGUAGCUGCCAUGGUAAGGAUUGAUGAUGAUUAGCUGGAAUACUGCCAGUGAAAACACUGACAUUACAGUAACACCAAUCCUGAAUGAGGGUAAACAACAAGACUUUGAAUGUAAUUUAAAAAAAAACCAUGCCAAAUAAUCACAAAGCACAAGUUAAAAAGAAAAGAUGUAACUCAUUUUUAUAUAUGAUUAUUAUGCCAGCCUAUUCUAGAAUUUUUGAACUCCAGACUAGGUAAAUAUAGCAUUUAGGUACAGCUAUAUACCCUAAAUAUUUAUAUCUGUGUGUGUGUACUCUAUGAACUGUGUAUUCUUGGUGUAAGGGUUCAUAAAAUAAGGUACAGGGCAUGUGCAUAAGGAACAUAGAAAAUGGAAAUUCCUCUUGUCUGAAGCAUGUUCUCUUGAGCCCAUAGCUGAAACUAUUUACCAGAUGUGCUUCAUACUUUUUUCUUUACCAUGUUAGUGAUCCUCUGACUUUAACAUGGAUGAUACCAAACUUGUCACUUCAUGCCUUUUAAAUAUCAGUAUCUUUUUCCUAAUUUUUAAUGUGCACCUACCACCUAGGUCAUUUUAUAGCUAAAUGGAAAGGAAUUGGCCUGGUAAAUUUUCACCACCAUUUAGGAAAUGAUCACAAGUGUAGUGUCUAAUAGGAAGACAGAAAAUUCUGUUAAUAUACAAAAGUUAAGAAGUUAAGCAACAGUUACAUGUAAAAAGCUAAAAAAACCCAACAGUAGUAAUAAAUAAGGCAAAUUAAUGAAAGCUCAACAGAAGGUGUUAAGUGACAACACUUAAUGAUUGAUUUAAAUCUAUUUGGCAUCUAUACAAUUACAUCAAUAGCCCCAGCUGUUAGAAUCUGUGAAUGUUUAAGAUGUUUCCCUGCAUCUUCAAAUUACUGCUAACCCUCUCUCUAGACAUUGGUUUCAAGCACUUCUUACUGCUUUCAACGUGGCUGCAGAAUGCCACAAAGUCAUGAUCAAAGUCACAGAGACGGAAUAAAAUUUAACAGAUACUUUCAUUUUAGACAAUGUUUGGGGAUUCUUCAAAUUGAAAAUUUUAACUUUAAAAAACUCCAUAUGCAAAGAAAACGAUGAAGAGUUAUGUUUAGAGCAAAAGAAUGUUGGAUAUAGCCAGAGACUGAGAAAGAGAAUGUCUUUCACUGAGCUUCCCACAAAUAGAGCUUCUGUUGUUCCUAACAUUGAUUCCCUCAGGAUUUAGGGGAAGCGAAUUUCUUGUGUUGUUUUACUUCUCACCUGAGUGAACACCAUAAAACAAAACCAUCAUGAUAACUCUUAUACUUUUGUUAGGAAUCUCAGGCAACUCAACCCAGACUGGUCAGACCAGAAAGCUAAAACACAGUCUCAUCCUAAGAGUUAAAACAAGGUACAGGCAUUUCUCAGGGAAAGCAGAUGUUGCCCACAUUGUACCACUUCCCUGGCAACAAAAUAAAACUCAUGGCUAUUGAGAGUGAUGCAUUGAGUUAAGUGACUUCAGUAAUGAGAUGCAGAACCUAAGACAUAAUGUGGGUCUGAUCUUCCAGGACAGAGAAUCUACUGCUCCUGUUACCUUCAUUUGGUUCUUAGAAUGGCUUAAGGAUUCCAAAACUAUACCCAAAAUUUCAAGUUUCCCACAUUAGUUACUACUCUUGGAAAAAUAAUCCAAGAAGAGUUACUGGAUUUUGCUUGCUUAAUUCAGUGCUGAUGGGAAAUGGAAAGGCAGGAAAUUAAAACACAAAAGUUCAAACUCACAUCUACAGCCAUGGUCUUCCCAUCAUUUCACAAACCAGAGAGUAGGUUUUGAACUCCAGUAUUCCAGGUUCUAUACUGGCCAUCAGGCUUUAUCCCUCAGUCAAGAGAUUGCCUGCUUGGAAGUCCCCUGUGGCCCCUUUUCCUGGCUGACAGUGAGGGGUUGGCCCAGAUGAUCCCCUGACCUAAAUCACUCUAUGCUUCCUAAAUUAUUUUCUUUUCCAAUGCCUGUCUAGAUAUCCUACCUGGAUUAAGUUACCUGUCAGCUAAGUAGAAACUAAGAAUUCAAGCAAGCACAAACUUUUCCUUUUUGCUGGAAUCUAACCCAUUAGACAAGCCCAGCUACAAGAGUUCUUCACACAGUGUAGAAGAAAGGAAUGUUAGUACUCUCCACUGACAAGUAUUACUGACAGUAGCAGUGGUUUUCACAUUUUACAGCAUCAGACAUCACCCAAAAACUCAAUGCAAAUGACAGACAAAUUGCACAGUGCAAACAUGCAAACCAUCUCUCUUCACCUUUUCUCUGCAAUACCAGAGGAGUGUCCCCAAACUCACAUCAUUACAACCUGAGCUGACAUGCUGACCAUCACGUGGUAAAAUUUUUCUUAAAAUGUCCAUUCAUUUCUUUGGAAGUGGGAGGACAAGAAGCUGACUUUUCCCAAAGAUGUGUGUAAGAAGGAUUAAUCCCUAGUCAUUCAAGAAGGGGCCCCAGAAAUCUCAGUGAGAGUCAGGCUACAGAAGGCAGAUCACCAAAUAUGUGUUAGCUGAACUAUAAUAUUCUCUCCUGAAUAGUAUUUCCUAGCAAAAAGGAAAUACUUCACAUUUCCCUACAGAAUGCAGAAAACGGCAAUUUCAAUUCCUUCAGUAACUCCUACCCUGGUCCCAAAUGGUCUGUAGGUGUUAAAUUCUCUUCCCUAACUGCUACAGGGCAUUUCCCCUCUGGGUGUGCAGAGCCCAUGCAGGAGCCUGCAAAGGCAGCUUGUGGGAAAGGAUGGCAAUGCUGUUUGACAGGUUCCUUGUGCUCAUCACAAGGAACAACUUGCAAGAAAACUACACCAAAAUAACAUUUGUAUUGUUAAGUGGUGGAAAAGACAAGGGAAAAGGCCUGUGGAAGGGAAGGACAGUAGGACAGUCCUGUGUUGUCACACCACGUCAGGAUGUGCUAGAGCCACUCUGCUCCCUCCUGAACAACCCGGCUGCUCGUUGCUCCUCUUCACUGAACAGCCAGUUCCACUUCACACCAACACAGCUUCUCAUCCUCGUAUUCAGGGCAGGCUAUGCAGCAACAAAAUUUCAUGUUACACCUGCCACCAAAGCCACUGUUAGUUCUUAACUUCCAAAAUCCAUGAAGCCACCACAACAUGGAGCAUCAUGCUGUGUAAGUGUGAUACAGAAAUGCUCACGUUUGGAACCUCUCAAGCGUUCACUGAUUCACAAUCUUGUAGGCUGAUUUGGUUUCCCCUUUCCUCCCAGUCCUGCUUUGGUGUACAGCCAAUCAGAGGCACAGUAUAUUGCACUCUACAGGAGAAAUGACAUCUUUUGGGUUGCAAUUCUACACUUCAAAGAGUUUUCUUUCUGCUUCAAACUUUUGGUCCAGACUGAUGCAAAGCCAGCCUACAGCAGCAUUACAGAUGGGGCUGCAUUGAUAUCAUUGGACCUCCUGCCUUUAAACCACUGGAUUGAGUUCCUUGUUUCCACAUGGAAGUGGAGCAACCCUUCUGAAAGCCUCACAUCUGCUAACACGAGGAGAUGAGAGCACACACUGCAAAAAGGAUAACCCAAGUCUGCAGUUUGCACCUCAAUAUGUAAACAACUGCCAGUCCCAAUUGUUUACAGCAACUGUAGGUACUUCAAACAAUAAAUCUGGAAUACAGAUUCAUUUAAGAACUGUGUUCUUAAUUCCACCAGGUUUAAAAGCACUAGUUUCUGAAAAAUGUCUUUACAAAACCUAAUGAAAUAUUUAUACUGUUAAUACUGGAGAAGUGAUUCAUUGAAAAUUGCCUCAUUAUUUCCAAUACAAAAAAAUAUUCACUUUGAGCCUUAACAUUCUAAGUUAAUAUUUCUUCUUGAUUAAAGUUGAUAUUUUUAAUUGUUUUUCAGAAGUCAUUCUCACUGGCAAGAAAAAUGCUCACAUCAGUUUUACAGUAUAUUUUAAUGGCACAUGAAAGGAAAAAAAAAACUCCUGUCUGUUCAGUAAUGUAUUUCCCUUCAUCUCACCUGAACUUAAAUGAAUGCUUCAGAUUGCAUACGAGACUGUGUCCUUCACAUAAUAAUUGUGAAAAUAAUUGUGAAAAUGUCCAACAAUGCCAGAAAUUUUCUCAGAACUUUGCUGUGACAGCUGAUUAAUGAAAUCAGACUACAUUAUUUAGAAAAAAAAUAAUAAAUAUUGUCAAGUCAUGUACUAGCCAUGCUUCUAGCAGGUAGCUGUGAAAUAAAGUUGUUGCUUUUUUAAACAA